AACUUCAGUAAAAAUCCACUCUCUCUUUAUAAGCAGGAUCCAAUUGGAAACAUUGUUUAUAUUGCUAAGGUUUGGCUUGAAAUGUCAUAUUUAAGAAUGUGCAUAGAGGCCAGGGGUGGUGGAUCACACCUGUAAUCCCAGCAUGUUGGCAGGCUGAGGUGGGUGGAUCACUUGAGGCCAGGAGUUUGAGAUCAGCCUGGUCAAAAUGGUGAAACCUCAUCUCUUCUAAAAACACAAAAAUUAGCUAGGCAUCGUGGCACACGCCUGUAGUCCCAGCUACUCGAGAGGCUGAGGCAUGAGAAUCGCUUGAACCCAGGAGGUGGAGGUUGCAGUGAGUGGAAAUCCCACCACUGCACUCCAGCCUGGGCGACAGCGUGAGACUGUGUCUCAGAAAAAAAAAAAAAAGUGCAUAAAAUGCCUUGCUUCAUGAGUUCCCAGCUUUACAGGGAAUAAGUAAAAAUUGUCACUUUCUGGCAGGUUCAAGAACCUUAUUAUAAGCAAAAUCCAAAGGCUGCUUUGGUUUGGUUUCCUAGCCUCAAGAGGUUCUAAAAUCUAAGAUCUCCUACAUCAUCAACGGGAGAGAAAAAUUAUGCUUCUAAGGAAAGCAAAGUUACACCUGUUUUUAGAUUUUAACCCUGUACAUUGUCUUCAAGUCCUUGUUAUCUGCCUGUGGACUGAACUAGAUCCUGAAUUCUCCUAAGUUCCUCCAAUAUUAGGUUAUAACAGUCCUGAUGGAGUCCCCCAACCCUCUUGCCUCGAUCCUGAGUAGGGAUGCUCCAGGGACAUUCAGGUGACUUCCCCUUCUUAAAAAUCUGACCAGCUAGGGACAUUAGAUACCAGAAUUGGGAACAAACUAGAUCCAUAAGAUACUAUGGUCAGUAAUGAGAUCUUAUUGGUCAGUGACUUUUUUUUUUUUUUUAAUGGAGUCUCACUCUGUCACCCAGAGUGGAGUGCAGUGGCAUGAUCUCAGCUCGCUACAACCUCCCAUCUCCCGAGUUCAAGUGAUUCUCAUGCCUCAGCCCCUCAAUUAGCUGGGGUUACAGGCAUGUGCCACCACACCUGGCUAAUUUUUGUAUUUUUAGUAGAGAUUGGGUUUUGCCGUGUGGGCCAGCCUAGCCUCUGGCCUCGAAUUCCUGACCUCAGGUGAUCCACCUGCCUCGGCCUCCCAAAGUGUUGAGAUUACAGGCAUGAGCCACUGCACCUGGCCUGCUCAGUGACUUCUAACAUUGCUGCUGUACCUGGGUAAAUACUUCCAGUCAUAUUUAAGCGGGCUUGGAGUUGGCAAAAUCUCUGAAAGAGACAUCUUCAGAAAGCCUCCACGCUGGACUUAGUGGAUAAAGUAUCCAAUGUCCAGAUAUUUUCAGCUGGUUUCUCCUUGGUAUAGGAUUUCUUCUGCAUUCUACCCUACACAUCUUAAUGAUACCCCUCAUAUUUUGGCUAAGCAUUUGACUCCCCUUUAGAAUUGUUCUAACUUGUUUUUAACAGAUGUCUACAAGAGAUUCCCACCAUGAUCCUGCCCAUGCAAUUUUUGAGACUUUAAACUCACUCCAGCUGGAAAUAGGAACCAACUUAACCCAAGAGACUUUGGUUCACAUUUAACCAGUACUUUCCUGAAUGCCUCUCCUAAGUAAAUGGCUCUAGUUGCUCUAUUGGCCACUGCACUGCCACUAGGAUUCCUGCAAGGGAUCCGAUGGGCCCAGAGCAGGUAGCCAACCACUUCUCUGUUGGAUGGAAUGCAAUGUUGUUUGCCAGCAUGUUUGAGCCAGUCCUUCAAGAUGGAUUCUGAGUGACUAACUGGACCUAAAUUUAAAUAGCACAAAGCAGCCAUUUGCUAACUAGAUUUCAUACAAAUGCUCUGAGUUCCUGGAAAACCCACACUCCUUAACUUUGGGACUUUCAAGACUCAACUAAAUCAAUCAAUUAAAGCUCACUUGUGUCAGCUAAUCAGGGAUCAGCUGUAUUGACUAAUGAAAACUAAGCGAGUUUCAAAUUUUAACCAUUCAUUUGUGUAGAAGACUUGAUCGGGAGCCUGCGUAUGAAUACUUGCUAUAAAAUCUGAGCAUUCCCUUUGUUCUCUGGAGCAAACAAUGUUGUUAACUCUCUGUACCUUUCUCUAGAACUGGAUGGAAACAACUCCAUCUGAAAUGCAGCCCUAAUACCAGGGAACUCCUGCAGUAAAGCGCUAAACAACUUUAUUACUCUAACCAACGUUUAUGUCCCUAAUCAGCAAGAAGUAGUUAGAAUGGUCAUCAUCCCUUUCCCUCAAGAUUGAGGAAUGGACAUAAAAAGGAGGGGAUUUGUAACUGCUCCAGACUAAUCUGUUGUCAGAAAGGGGCUCUUGAACCAGACCGUGAAAGAGGGUUCUUGGAUCUCCUGCAGGAAGGAAUUCAAGGAGAGUCACAGAGUGUAGAGAGAAUAGACAGUUUAUUGAAAGCUACUCAGUUACAGAGUAGGGCAUCCUCCAAAAGCAGGAGGAGGAAUGUGCUGUCUUUGUUUUAAACUCUUCUUUUAUAGGGGUUUAAUCUAUGUAAAACCUAAGCUAUGUCUACAUGUGGGUAGGCUGUCAGUGUGACAAAAUUUAGUACUUUGUUGAUAUAAAGAAACUUAUCCUUGUCAUCUUAGUGCAUAAGUACAUCAAAGUAUGACUUUAGCUACCUUAAAAGCAUGUAUUGUUAUGUGAUAUUGGGACAUCUGGACAUUCUGCUGUCGUAGGAGUUUGUCCUUGCAGCAUUACUAAAUCUCUUCCUUAGCUGUAAACAUCUUAUAAUCGUAGGUCAUAACUGUCAAGGAAUGUGCCUUGCUAGUUUUUAGAUGGAGUUGAUUUUAAAAUAGUGUCACUCUGGCUUUCCUAUGCUCCUGCUUUCCUAACAAAUCUGGUUCAACUUUUUUUUUUUAUUCAACAUACUCUUUUUUUUCCAUGCUACCUCAUUUACAGAGUGCUUCCUAUAGAUAUGGUUGGUCUGUAUGUUUCCUUUUUCAGCUUUGAUUCUUAUUUUUUUGAAUCACACAUGCUUUAUGGGGGCUUCCACUACCAUGAGCCAUAUUUUCUGUAUUACCAGCAAGAUGUUUGGGUUUGUUUUUUGUUUUCUUUAUAUUUCAAAUUUUAUUUUAGAUUUAGGAAGUACGUGUGCAGGUUUGUUAACAUGGGUGUAUUGCAUGACGCUGAGCUUACAAUACCAAUGAUCCCAUCACUCAGGUAGUGAGCAUAAUAUCCAAUAGGUAGUUUUUCAGAACUUGCCUUAUCUUCCCUCUCUCCCUGCUCUCUUAAUUCGAAGCCUAUUUUCCCUAUCUUUAUGUCCACAUGUUUCCAGCAUUUAGCUCCCACUUAUAGGUGAGAGUAUGUGGUAUUUGUUUUUCUGUGUCUGCAUUAAUUUACUUAGGAUGAUGGCUUCCAGCUGCAUCUUUUGUUCUUUGUUCUUUUUGACUUUGUUCUUUUUUAUGACUGUGUAGUAUUCCAUGGUGUAUAUGUACCACAUUUUCUUUAUCCAAUCCACUGUUGAUAGGCAUCUACAUUGAUUCCAUGUCUUGGCUAUUGUGAAUAGUGCAGCAAUAAACAUGCAUGGUUCAACUUUUAUGGUAACAAAGCUGUGAGUUGUUCUUCAGUUGUCAUGGACCCUCACUCAGGUCAUGUAACCUGAGCAUGGACAGGUGAAACAAGUGUGCAACCACAAGGGAAACCUAAUCGUUCAGACUGAGGUACAGGGACCGAAUUAAGAAGUGGACACAGGAUGGCAGGAUCCAGGAUCCAACUGGAUAGAACUCAGGCAUCACUUCAUGGCAGGAUCCAGUCAGAUCUUGCCUCCCAGCAUCACCUUAUUGCAAGAUCCAAUCAGAUUAUUCCUCACUACCCUAUGCUUAUAAAACCUGACCCACCUCCCAGCUUGGCGAGGUACUACUUUGGGAACUUUGUCCAGUGUUCUCUUUACUUUCUGUAAGAACAAAAUCUCCUUGCUAAAUCCACCUUGUCUGUGGUCAUUGGGUUGAUACCUGCCAAGUGACUGAACCCACCUGUUGUGUGGGUAACAUUUAGAACAUAUUUUCCAUUUCUUUAUUUUCCUUGACUGUCUGCAUUGGUGUCUGUGCACCAGAUAAAACAGCUUCCUUUCCAGUCUUCACAGACAGGUCUCAGAUAGGACAACACCUUUACCAAUCAGUCCAGACAGAGGUUCUGGGUGCCACUUAAACCUUCCUGGUAGUUGAAACCACAAUGUUUGUUCUUAAUGGUCCUCAGGCAUCUAGAGUAUGCCAGGCCCUUCCAGUGCUCUCAGAUACAUGAGAUAAAAUCCAGUUCCUCAGGUAGCAGCCAGAAAAGCUGGGGUGCUAGUUAUUUGGUCUGUCUCCUUUGCUUUUCAGAGAGAAGCUGGAAGCCAGGCUUUAUCACUGCACUGAGCCAAAGUGGGGAGCAGGGGGAAGUACCCACAUGCUUAUUAAAAACCGCUCUGACAAUAUUUGAAGUAACAGGGCUAUAACAAUUAUUAUUUUAAAAGCAACUGCUGUUUUGUUUUGUGUAGCCCCAGAGGUUUAGCAGAUGCUGGGCCCUGUCAGCUCACCAAAACAGGGAAAUUAGAAACCAGUCUCUCUGGUAGUAUCUAGAGAAGUUGUGAUACCAGAUAGGUGGUCCAAACCCUUCACUCCUCAGGGAUAGACUAAGAGAUGGGAGUUCCUUCCCGAUCAUAUGGCAUUGUAUUAGGGUUGGGGGUUAUGAUCACAGUGUGUGCAAGUUUUUUCCUAUCAGUUUUGAUGUGGAUAGUUUCACACUCACCUAGGGUGCAGGAGUGGCUCAGUCAGUUUCUGGAUUUCCAAUGAUGGGAAUUUGCCUCUGUGUUGCUGUUGAAUUGAUGGUGGGGAAGGAGAGUUUAGGGCCUUCUAUUCUGCCAUCUGUGACUCUGACAGUUUCUUUUAAUGUUAAACUAUCAUACAAUCUAGUUACUACAUUUGUAGACAUUUCUCUCACACAAAUGACAACUUAUAUUUACACAAAAGCCUGUAUAUAAAAUGUGCAUAACAGCUUUAUUCAUAAUAGUCAAAACUUGUAAACAACUAUAUGUCUCACAAUGGGUGAAAAAUUAAGUAAAUUCUGUUAUAGGCAUACAAUGGAUUACUACUCAGCAAUAAAAAGGAAUGGGCUAUUGAUACAUACAACAACUUCCUUGAAUCUCAAAGUACUUAGGCUAAGUAAGAAAAGCCAAUUACUGAAGAUCGAAUUCUGUAUGAUUUAAUUUACAUAACAUUCUUGAAAUGACAAAAUGGUAUAGAUAGAGAAUGAGGGUUAUGGAUGGGUGAGUGGAGAAGAAGGGGCAGUAUGGAGAAAGGGUGGUGUGGAUCUCCGUCGUGAUGGAAGAGUUUCGUUUCCUCAUUGUAUCAAUGGCAUUAUCUUAGUCGUGAUAUUAUAGUGUAGUUUUUUAGAUGUUACCAUUGGGAGAAACUGAGUAAAGAAGAUGUGGGAUCUUUCUUUAGUAUUUCUUAGAACUGCAUGUGAAUCUACAACUAGCUCAAAAUAAAAAGUUUAAUUAUAAAAUAAAAGCUACAUGAAAUGAAGCAAAAAAUAAUUCACCCUUGUCAUGCACACAGAGUCAGAGACUGUAACAUAAUUUGCAGGAUCUAGAGCAGAAUACAAAUGUAAAACAUCUUGUUAAAAAAUUAUUAAUAAUUUUGAGACAGUGAUAAAGCAUUAAGCCGCCUGUGGGGCCCUUUAAGCAUGAUAAACUGUGCUACCACACAGAUUGCACAUUCACGUAUCUGGCCCUGCAAAUGGAAUGAUUUUUGCCCAUGAUCAAUUCACCAUGGCCUCUUUGGGCUCAGUGAAUUUGCUUCUUCAGGAGGGUAAUUUUCUCUUCUUUCUCUGCUAAGCUGUUUAACAGUAGUUGCCCUGCCUAAUGGGCUUCAUCCAUCCAUUUCUCUCAGAUCAUUUUCAUGAUGCACUAGGAUGAAGCACACCCUUUCUCCUAAUCUUGAGGAAACGUCGAUAUUCAGAAUAUUUAAACCCAGGCACUGACCAAUCAGAAGAGUUUCUGGCCAACGUUCCACACUUGAGGGAAAUGACAUUAUCUGAGCCCUGAAGAAAAACGUUGUAGAUAUUCUCCAGAUCAAAGCAUCGCCAGGAAGAUUUUAGAUGUUGAAGUUCGUAAUAUUUCCUAAAGCAGGUAUGAAUUACUAGUAACUUAAUAGGUAUAUUAACUGAUGAAGUUUUCAUUUCUCAGAACAAACCAGUCAAGGAAGGUGCUAUUAUACUCCUUUUAUUCAUAUAGAUCUUGAGGCUGAGGCAGUUUAAUCAAUAUGCUAUAAUUAUUGUGUAAUAAUAAAUUACCAUAAACUAGGGGUGCUAUGAUCUCAAUAUUUGUAUCUCCCACUCCCAGAUUCACAUGUUGAAAUCCUGACUCCCAAGGUGAUGGCAUUAGGAGAUGAAAUCUUUGUGAGGUCAUUAAGUCAUGAGGGUAGAACACCGAUGAAUGGGAUUAGUGCCCUUACAAAAGGGGCCCACCAAAGCUCCCUUGUUCCUUCUACUAUGUGAGGACACAUCUAGAAGUUACCAUCAAUGAACCAGAAAGUGGGCCCUCACCAGGCACCAAAUCUGCCAGCACUCUGAUCUUGGACUUCCAGCCUCCUGAACUGUGAGAAAUAAAUUUCUGUUGUUUAUAAGUUACCCAUUUUAUGGUAUUUUGUUAUAGGCACAUGAACUAAGACAAGUGGAUUAAAAACAACACAAAUUAUUAUCUUACUGUCUAGAAAUGAGAGGUUCAAAAUGGCUAAAGUCAGGGUGCCACUGAUAGGGCUGCAUUUCUUUUGGAGGCUCUAGGGAAGAAGCCGUUUCCUUGCCUUUUUCAGCUUCCAGAGGCCACCUGCAUUCCUUAGCUUAUGGUCCCUUGCUACAGCUUUAAAGCCAGCAGCACAGCACCUUCAAAUCUCUCUCUGACAGUGACAUUCCUGCCUUCCCCUAAUAAAGACCCAUGUGAUUAGAUUAGGCCCACCUGGAUUAUCCAAAAUAAUCCCUCUGUCUUUAGACCCUUAACCAUAUCUGCAAAAUGUCUUUUGUCAUGUAAAAUAACAUUCUUACCUCAAGGUUUUGGGAAUUAGCUUAUUAAUGUCUUUAGGGGGUCAUUAUUCUGCUUUCCACAUACAUUUAAAAUUAACUAUCAGGCUACAAAAGUCAUAUAUGAAUUGAGCUUGUUUUGCCCCAAAGCCUGUGUUCUUUUUUUAUUUUUUUUAUUUUUAUUUUUUGAGAUGGACUCUCACUGUUGCCCAGGCAGGAGUGCAGUGGCACAAUCUCGGCUCACUGCAACCUCCGCCUCCUGGGUUCAAGUGAUUCUCCAGCCUCAGCCUCCCAAGUAGUUGGGAUUACAGGUGCGCACCACCACGCCCAGCUAGUUUUUGUAUUUUUAGUAGAGACAAGGUUUUGCCAUGUUGGCCAGGCUGGUCUCCGACUCCUGACCUGAGGUGAUCCACCUGCCUCGGCCUCCCAAAGUGCUGGGAUUACAGGUGUGAGCCAUCACGCCCUGCCAGCUGUGUUCUUUUACAUCAUAAUACACUGCCUUUUAUAUCCCUCACUUAUUCAAUAUCAUUACCAUCCAUCAUGCUGUCACAAACACAAAAACCCAAGAAAAGUGGGAUACAGGUCAUUGAGAAUAAAUAAUUUUUAUAAACUUUUGUUCUUUCUUGUAACUUUUUAUCAGUCAGCUAUUCCAAUGAAGCAAAAUCUGAUAAUAUAUUGCUUUUAUACUACUUAGUUGAGACACUCACAUCUAUUGAAGAGUAAUGGGCACUUUGAAGGGGCUUUUUUCUUUCCUUUUAUAUCCGGUCAAUUAGUCAUUAAUUUCUGCCUCCUAAUAUAGACUCAACUAAAAAAUUAUAUUUUGAAAAAAAUUUAUUUUCUAAAUGAAAUUAAAAUUACUCUGUAUGUGUACUUCUUUUCCUCACACUGGAAUUCUCUAAGGACAGUGUAAAUGCACAUCACUGUAUCUUAUGUGUGGUAUCUUAUGUGUGGUAUCAGCUAUUUAACACAAGGUUGCAUAAGAAAGUAAGCACGACGAUAUGGCUUAGAAGUCAUGAGAUUCACAUAGUUUAAUAUAAAGCUCUUGUGACAAUUGGAGAGUUAUUUUGUCACAUUUCUCCUUUCAUAAUUUAUGCUCCAGCUCUCUCAGAUUUCAGGUGUUUUCCCAACUCUGAGAUAUAUUCUCUUCUCUCUGGGCCUCACUAAAGAAACUAGAAGACUUCCUUCAACUGGAAGACUUCUUCCUCCACCUCAAAUGCCUCACUUUAUUUUUUUUAAUUAAUUAAUUUAUUUAUUUAUUUAUUGUUUUGAGACGGAGUCUCGCUGUUUCGCCCAGGCUGGACUGCAGUGGCACUAUCACGGCUCACUGCAAACUCCGCCUCCUGGGUUCACGCCAUUCUCCUGCCUCAGCCUCCCGAAUAGCUGGGACCAGAGGUGCCUGCCACCGUGCCUGGCUAAUUUUUUGUAUUUUUAGUAGAGACAGGGUUUCACUGUGUUAGCCAGGAUGUAUGUAUUUAUUUAUUUUGAGACAGAGUCUCACUCUGUCGCCCACGUGGUGCAACCUUGGCUCACUGCAACCUCUGCCUCUAGGAUUCAAGCAAUUCUCCUGCCUCAGCCUCCCAAGUAGCUAGGACUACAGGUGCAAGCCACCAUGUCCAGCUAAUUUUUGUAUUUUUAGUAGAGAUAGGAUUUCACCAUGUUGGUCAGGCUGAUCUUGAACUCCUGACCUCAGGUGAUCCACCCACCUUGGCCUCCCAAAGUGCUGGGAUUGCAGGUAUAAGCCACCAUGCCUGGCCUAAAUGCCUCACUUUAUUUAACUAACUCCAGCUCAUUUGAUUGGUACUUUCUUGGGAAAACUUCUUCUGGGUUAAGUGCCCUCAUUAACUGCUCUCCUAAUAAAUUAUUCUACUGCCAUUCACAUCUUGUUACAAUAAGUCAUGUAUACCUACUUAUUUUUCAGUUUCAUAUUAACUUCCUUAAAGAAAGGGACAUUACCCUCAAAGUCCACCUGGCGUGCUGGCUGAAAGAUGUUAAGUUUGAAAAUAUUUGUUAAAGGGUAAAUGAUUAUGUACAUCUUUAGGACUUCAUGAACUUACUUUCAGUUUAGUUUCCACAUAAGGAGAAACUUACAGCAACGUAGAAACCAAGAGAUUGAUAUGAAUAAAUGAUGUGACUAACUCACAAAUACCGUGUCAUUUGAUAUUUGACCUUUAAAGUAGUUUUCAUAUCAGAUCUGUCGGUCAUGGGUUCUAUAGCUUACUGUGAACUUAGACAUAUUAGUUAGUCCCUCACCCAAAAUCAUCUGAAAAAUAAAGGUAAUAUCAGCCUCAUUAGUUAGUUAUGCCAAUUAAAUAAGAACACGUAUUUAAAUCUCAUAUUAAUGUGUAUGGAGCAUAGUAAGCAGUAAUAACCUGGCAUGUUGUCAUGCCAGGCUAGUAACAGUAAAAGUAAUAGUAGUUUCACUGGAAGGUCCAAGAUUAGUGUGGAAAUUCCAAGAUGAUUAGUGUGGAAAUUCCAAGAUUAGUGUGGAAAUUUCAAUUUAUCAGGGUUUACCUUUUGUCCCCUUUAAGCUAACAAUGAAAUUAUAAAAGGAUAUAAAAGGGAUAAGCCUGACAGUUCAUAUCCACUUCUGUGUAUGAUAAUAUAACUGGAGAGACAUCAAACUCAUGCUGAGAACAACUAGAAGAGUUAGAAUUGAAGAAAAAGGAUUUCAUUAAGAUAUUAGAGAGUGUUCAAGGCAACUGGAGGCAGAACGAAGAUUCUGGAAAGGGGCCACAGAGAAGUGAGUCAGCAUUCCAGGAGCCACUCUUCUCUUAGGGGCAUCUUGGCAGUGGGUCAGAUGCUGAGAUUCUGGGGAGAGGGCAGUGGAUACCAGGCAUUUUUUUGGGGGAGAGAAAAAUCUCUUCCUAAAGCACUUGAAGGACCAAAACCCCCAGAGAGGAGAGAGGGCCAAAGAAAUGAGAAAAAUUUUUCUCUCAAGCAAUUUUCAAAUUAUUAAAUUUCACAGGAAAGGAGGUUAGGAAGAACUAUGUGAAAAACAGACUUGAACUUUUGGCAAUCACAUGUUGUUCAGGAGACAAAACCAAAUUCAACUUCCAAGAAAGAGAAGCAGCUUUGAUAGAAAGCAGGUUCUCAGAUGGAAUUACUAGAAGGCUUUAUCAUAGGUCCUAGGACAAACUAGAAAUGAUGAAAUAGUAAAGAAAAAGAUAUAUAAAAUCUUACAGAAACUGGAACUCAGUCCUAAUUCAACUUCAUUUCUAUUCGAUUAAGGCAAUAGCUGUCCAAUCUGGAACUUAUUUCUUAGAGGUAAGAGGGGCUACUGUAUAGAAUUCAAAAGCAGGGAAAAUAUGUUGUCAGAGUUAAGAUAGAGAUUAUAUUUGGGGUAAUGAGCGUUGCAGGACAUGAGUAGGGCACAUAGCGUGUUGGUAUUGUUUUACGUGGUUUUAAGAUAUACUUCAUCUAGGCACUUGUUACAUGUUAUAUUUUUAAUGAAUGUGUUUAGUUGUAUGCUUAUGAUUUGUGCACAUUACUAUAAAUUAUAUUUUAGUAAAAGGUGCCCUUACUGGCAUUUAUAUACAAGAAAUCAACACAUCUGACAAGAAGCUCUUGCUGCUAAAGAGCCUCUGUGCUCCUGGAUCAUGCCAGAGGGAGCACAGAAGCUGCACACCAUUCAAGCCCAUUUUUGAAAAGUUGUAGCAGCCAUAGCAGCAAAUUCCCAAAAUAUCUUGAAGAAAUUGAAAACAAGAUAUUUUUUGAAUGAGCGUAAACUCUUGGGAAUGAAUUUUAAUUUGAGAUUAAAAUUGCUGUUGUCUUUACUUACCUAACAUUCAUUUCCUCUGAGAGCCAACUCCUUCCUUUCAAUAAAUUCUUAUUUUCUAUCAUAAUAUUGCUUUGUACCGCACAAAAUAGAAUUAUAAUUUUUAAUAGUCAAAGAAAUUUUAAGUUAUCAAACAUUAGUUUCUUUCGUAACCAAAAUACUGUUAGAGAAGUAGCUUCAACUUUUUAAAAUUCUUACAAACACCAGUUUAUUCUGUUGUGAUGAGCUGAUUUUUGAAACAAUUUAUGCUUCAUUUGUUCCUCUAGCUAUAUUUAACUUAAAGGCUUGACAUUUUGAGUUACUGGGGCGGUUACACACUGACACGUUUUAGUCGUUGGGCUUUUUUUUUGUUUUGUUUUGAAUCAUUCUUGGGGUUGAAAACGUAGAGACUGUGGUUUAGAUCACUCAUAGAAACUGGAGGCAAAAUGCAUGACAGUAACAAUGUGGAGAAAGACAUUACACCAUCUGAAUUGCCUGCAAACCCAGGUUGUCUGCAUUCAAAAGAGCAUUCUAUUAAAGCUACCUUAAUUUGGCGCUUAUUUUUCUUAAUCAUGUUUCUGACAAUCAUAGUGUGUGGAAUGGUUGCUGGUUUAAGCGCAAUAAGAGCUAACUGCCAUCAAGAGCCAUCAGUAUGUCUUCAAGCUGCAUGCCCAGAAAGCUGGAUUGGUUUUCAAAGAAAGUGUUUCUAUUUUUCUGAUGACACCAAGAACUGGACAUCAAGUCAGAGGUUUUGUGACUCACAAGAUGCUGAUCUUGCUCAGGUUGAAAGCUUCCAGGAACUGAAUUUCCUGUUGAGAUAUAAAGGCCCAUCUGAUCACUGGAUUGGGCUGAGCAGAGAACAAGGCCAACCAUGGAAAUGGAUAAAUGGUACUGAAUGGACAAGACAAGACAGGGUCUUACUCUGUUACCCAGGCUGGAGUGCAGUAGUACCAUCAUGGCUCACUGCAGCCUUGACUUCCCUGGCUCAAGUGAGCCUCCCAUCUCAGCCUCCUGAGUAGCUGGGACUACAGGUUUCCUAUCCUGGGAGCAGGAGAGUGUGCCUAUUUGAAUGACAAAGGUGCC